AUGAGCAAGAGAAAGUCCGAGGUAAGCUCUCCUCCGAAAGUAAAAAGAAAAGCACCUGAUGCUGGCAAUAAGAACGAGCAACUCUCCGAUAUGCUCAGCAAGCUCAGUGAUUUCGAGAAGAACGUUUCAAAUAACGUGUUUAAAGCAAAGGCGUAUAAAAAGGCAGCUCACUCGUUGGCGGGUUUAGAUUACACAAUAUCGAGUGGAAGUGAAGCGACAAAGCUUCCUGGUAUCGGCAAGAAAAUCGGUGAGAAGAUUGAUGAGUUCAUUGCGACUGGAAAAUUGAAGAAAAUUGAAAAAAUAGAUAAAGACGAGACAUCUACCGCAAUAUCCCUGCUAACUCGAGUAAACGGUAUAGGGCCUGUAGCCGCUAGGGCCAUGGUAGAAAAGGGUGUUACUUCUUUAGAAGACCUGAAGAAGAUAAAAGAUACCUUGUCUCAUGCUCAGCAGAUUGGACUCAAAUAUUUCCAGUAA